AUGAAGCGCGAUAGACCCUUCGCCGCGGACGACGAGGGCCCGCCGCGCCGCCGCACACGUACGGAUGAUGACGCGUCGCUUGUGGAGGAGAUUGCGACGGUUGAGGAGACCUGCACGGUUCUUCUCCGACUGCCGUGUUUGGACUUCUUUAGGGAUGCGCACAUAUGCGAGGAGGCCGCUCCCCACGGCGCGGCCGCGGACGAAGGGGAUGACCGGGGCUGGCCGCGCUUCUUCGCCGGCGGGCUCGCGUUUAGGAGUGGCACACUGGAGACGGCGCGCCCCGUCGUCGUCCUCCGCACGCAGGCGCACGGCGAAAUUGAGUUUGAGGGCUCGUGGUCUGAGUCGCACGAGAGCCGCCUCUUCGAGGCGCCCUCAAGCAAUCGCGUGGUGGUGCAGCUCUGCGAGAGAGGCGAGGAUACGACAGCGAAGGGAGAUGACGGCAUGGCCGAGGAGGUGGGUGGUCACGCCAGGGGCGCCGUCAACGACCAGCGGUUGGCUGCCGCUCCAGGGGGCCCCGCAACUGGGGUUGGGGUGGCGAGUCUCCUGAAGCACCCGUCUGUCGGCAUCACAGCUGACGAGGCGCGCGGGUGGCAAAAGGCUCGCAACGCGUCGUGGGGCUACGACCGAAUAGAUGUCCCAUGCGCGACGCUGGUGUUGCGCCGUGUGAGGUAG